AUGGAUCUAUUCGUGGGGCAACUGAAGGGCUACAGGACUCUGACCGUGGGGCUAGUCUUUGUGGUUUUGGUGAUCUGUCUCAUGAUGGCUUGGCUGGAGCCCAUCAAGAGUUGGCUCCCACCACCCCAUCCUGCCUCUAAAUGUGUCUCUGAGACCAUCGACUGGGACCUUCUCCCUCAAGAACUGACCAACCUGACCAGCCUUCUUUACUGGCCUCCAACUGGUGGAGACAGGGAUGACUUUUUGGCGACUACCAGCCCCCAAACCUCCACGUACACCUUGAAGGGUCCUGCUCAGGCCAGCUAUACUCUGGGAAGUAACCUAGAGGCCAUCCUUGUGGCUAGGGAUCACCAGGGUAGGCCCAAGACUCAUGGUGGAGACCUGUUUCGGGCGAAGCUCCUGGGCCCAGAGUUGAGAGCAGGAGUCCCAGGGGAGGUGACGGAUCUGGAGAACGGCACCUACCUCCUGUCCUUCCCCCUGCUCUGGGCCGGGUGGGCCCAGGUGCAGGUGAGGCUGAUCCACUCGAGUGAGGCAGUCGGGGUCCUGCAGAGGGUCUGGAGAGAAAGACGGGCCACCGUUGACUUCAGAGGGUAUUUCCGAGGAAGGGACGGCACUCGAGAGACUGUUAUCUGCAACGUGGACCCUCAGUCAACUGGAGCCAAGGGGCCCACCUGCCGGUACAGAGACGUGGUCUCCGGGGAGGUCUGGUUCUGUGCUCAGCCCUCUGCUCUGCCCUGCAACGCUUUAGUAGGUCACUCGAGUGGGAGUUACCUGAAGGUGACCACACCGCGUGAUGAAGACCUGCUGGCUGGGCGUGUGACUGACCAGACACUCCCUUCAGGCAUAUCUCCAAUCCUGGUGACACCAGCAGCCACAGGAAACCUGGGUGAUCUGGGCCAGAAGCUGAGAGAACUGGUUUAUUCAGUGAUGAGACUCGAGCCUAGAGCACCAAGCAUAUUAGCCUUGCCCUCAAGGCCCCCGUGCCGCCCUGGCCACCUGUCUCCAAAACCCUCUGGCUUCUACCACCAAGACAGAUGGCACUCCACAUUCUGCUCCAGCCGCUCCUUCCCCACUGUGGGCAGCAUCCUGAACUGCCUGGCUGGCCGCAUCGUCUACAUGAUGGGGGACUCCACACUUCGGCAGUGGUGGGAGUAUUUGCGAGACACGGUGCCCUCCCUGAAGCCAGUUGAUCUUCAUGUCCAAUAUCAGGUAGGCCCCCUGAUGAUUGUGGACACAACUCGGGGUGCAGUACUGCACUGGAGGGCCCACAGCUGGCCCCUGCGCUCUCGUCACACCCCAGUGGCCUCCCUGCACUCUGUGGCCAGAGAACUGCAUGGCCUGGCUGGGGGACCCUACACCGUGGUGGUCCUGGGUAUGGGAGCCCAUUUUACCACUUUCCCUCCAUCCGUCUUUGCUCGAAGACUGGCAGGGAUUCGGGAAGCCGUGAAAGCCCUGCUGGACCGCGAGCCCAGUACUCUGGUGGUCAUCAAACUGGCCAAUACUGGCUACAAGUCCGUGUAUGGCAGUGACUGGCUCACGCUCCAGGUGAACAGGCUCCUCCGAGCUGCCUUUGUUGGUCUCCCAGUGGCCUUUGUGGAUGCUUGGGAAAUGACCUCCAGCCUGGCUGUGCCAGACAACAUCCACCCAAACAAGCUUAUUGUCCGCAACGAAGUGGACUUAUUUCUGUCCUUCAUCUGUCCCACCUGAGGGACCUGAGGCUGGAUGGAUGGAGAGCCUGAGUGUGGCCAUCGAAAAGAUGAACACCAAGUGGAAAACUGCAGUUACCCUGGCUUACCCACAGUGACACAUGGUCACCAAGGUUAUACAUUGCUCUGUGUGCCUCACAGAUGAAUCUAAUCUUAUAUAAACGAGGUGAUGUUUUACAUACUGUCUUCCUUUUGAAAGUAAGAGGUGGUGAACCUAGAGCUAGGCUGGCAGUCAGGUAGAGUCACUGAUCUUUUUGUCUCUGUCCAACACAGCACAGGGGUUAUAGCAUAAAUUCACAUCAGUAUUUUUAUGAGGUGCUGGGCUUCACACUCAGACUUUCCUGUUUGUGCCCUUACCUACUGAACGGUCUCCCAAGUCAUACAUUUUUAAAGACAAGUCUUAAACCUCAAACCCUUGCUCUAGCUAUGCAAACACCCUAUCUCCUACCAGCAUAUGCUUUGUUUUUAAUUUUGGAAUUUUUUUAUUAUAAUAAAAUUUCGCAUUUGUGAGCAA